ACAGAACCUGAGAAGCUCGUCCGGCCGCCGUGAAGUCCUGCAGCCCUGCCUGUGAACUUCCACCAAUGUGGCUCAAGAGGCCAGAAAGUGGAUCACUGACAAAGAUUCACUGAAAACCAUAACAUGAAACAACAUGGAAAUGUAAAAUUGAAGAGUUAUUUAAAAAAGAACAAAGAAGCAACAUCUCUCAGUAUGUCCGACGUAAAGGAUCAGUUCGGUAGCUGUUGUAUCAUUUCGUCAGCCAAGGACACAAGCUACUGAACCUUUUUUUUUUUUUUUUAUU